GCAGCUGCUGGCAUGGUUUUACCGGUUAGUUUGUGAAACGAGGUAUUUGGUGUAAAAAUACAGAAUGACCAAAAGAACGACUUCUCUGCUGUUCAAGGCGCUGGUGGAUAUGAAGGACGGCACACUUUUAAAGGCUGUACGUGGAAACAGCAGAAGAGCACACUUUAGACACUUGGGAUCUUGUGGGAUCCUGACAGAGAGGCGAGCCAGCCUUCAGCUCUGCCCUGCAACCCCCAUGAGGACAACCAGGCGCACCUUCAUCAGCCUGGCUGCUCCCAUCAACACCCGCAGGAUGGAGUACACGGAGAGCAGGAUAUUGGAGUACACUCCAGAAGAGAUGUACAAGGUGGUGGCCAACGUAGAGGAGUACAAGUAUUUUGUUCCCUGGUGCAAGAAGUCUCGAAUGCUGAAGGGACCGAAGGGAAACGUCCGGGCAGAGCUUGAAAUUGGUUUCCCUCCCAUCACAGAGCGUUACACAUCUGAGCUCACUUUUGUUCCUAACCACCAAGUUAGAGCGGUGUGCUCUGAUGGAUCACUCUUCAGCCAUCUUGAAACGGUGUGGAGGUUUGCCCCUGGAGCCAAAGACCUCCCAGGAUCCUGCAAAGUGGAUUUCUUUGUGUCCUUUGAGUUCAAGUCUCUGCUGCACUCUCAGCUGGCCUCCGUGUUCUUCGACGAAGUUGUGAAGCAAAUGGUCAGUGCCUUCGAGUCCCACGCAGCGACUCUUUACAGAAACAAGCCAGUCGCUUCCUUGAGGAGCCGUGCAGCUAUUAGCAACCACCUCUGACCUCUGCAGUGUCCUUAUCCUCCUGGGCUACUACCAAAACCAAAACCUCAUCAUGCUGCUUUGACUAUGGUCAACACUUGACUCUCGUCUGAGACCAGUUCUCCUGUUUGCACACACCUAGAUAUUUUAUUGAUAUGUAAAUUGAACAUACUCAAACUGUAUUUAUUUUUGAGCCAGAUUAUAAUUUAUUUACAUUUCUGUACAUAUUUAUUUA